GUAUGUACUAGUGCUCUGCUGCAGCGCUCCAAGGGUUGCUGGUUUCACAACCAUUCCGAUCAACGGGACCUCAGGGUUCUUGCGGACAUGACAUUCUGAGCUGUACCGGAUCCUUCAUCAUUCCUCUGGAGCUCAGAGCUGAGAGAGAGAGGACUGAGAGGACUGAGAGGAGCUGAGAGGAGCUGAGAGGAGCUGAGAGGAACUGAGAGGAGCUGAGAGAGAGAGGAGCUGAGAGAGAGAGGAGCUGAGAGAACUGAGAGGAGCUGAGAGGAGCUGAGAGGAACUGAGAGGAACUGAGAGGAACUGAGAGGAGCUGAGAGGAGCGGGAGGACUGAGAGGAGCUGAGAGGACUGAGAGGAGCUGAGAGGAGCGGGAGGACUGAGAGGAGCUGAGAGGAGCGGGAGGACUGAGAGGAGCUGAGAGGAGCUGAGAGGACUGAGAGGAACUGAGAGGAGCUGAGAGGAGCGGGAGGACUGAGAGGAGCUCAGAGGAACUGAGAGGACUGAGAGGACUGAGAGGAGCGGGAGGACUGAGAGGAGCUGAGAGGAGCGGGAGGACUGAGAGGAGCUGAGAGGAGCUGAGAGGACUGAGAGGAACUGAGAGGAGCUGAGAGGAGCGGGAGGACUGAGAGGAGCUGAGAGGACUGAGAGGACUGAGAGGAACUGAGAGGAGCUGAGAGGAACUGAGAGGAGCUGAGAGGACUGAGAGGAGCUGAGAGGACUGAGAGGAGCUGAGAGGAGCGGGAGGACUGAGAGGAGCUGAGAGGACUGAGAGGAGCUGAGAGGAACUGAGAGGACUGAGAGGAACUGAGAGGAGCUGAGAGGAGCGGGAGGACUGAGAGGAGCUGAGAGGACUGAGAGGAGCUGAGAGGAGCGGGAGGACUGAGAGGAGCUGAGAGGAGCAGGAGGACGGAGAGGAGCUGAAAGGACAGAGGAGCUGGAGGACUGAGAGGAGCUGAGAGGAGCUAAGAGGAGCAGGAGGACUGAGAGGAGCUGGAGGACUGAGAGGAGCUGAGAGGAGCGGGAGGACUGAGAGGAGCUGAGAAGACUGAUAGGAACUGAGAGGACUGAGAGGAGCUGAGAGGAGCUGAGAGGAGCUGAGAGGAGCUGAGAGGAGCCGAGAGGACUGAGAGGAACUGAGAGGAGCUGAAAGGAGCUGAGAGGAGCUGAGAGGAGCUGGGAAGAGCGGAGAGGCAAACGUUCAACAUGUUUUAACAUUGCAGACUUUUCACCUCCUCUAACGUCGUGCUUUUCUUUAAUAAACUAAAGCUUCUGGGACCUUUUACAUUUGUACACAAGGAGAGUUUAAAGGCUUUCUCCUCUCUCCACCCAACAGAGGAUUUGAAGACUUUUAUUUUCUUGCUACAAGAGGAGUCUCCGGCCUGGCGACCGCGCCAUGGAUCUUUAAUCCUCUGGGUUUUAACUGAAUCUGAAACCUGGAGCUGAAGCUGCAGAGCGUUCUCUGGUGGUUCUCCGGCAGCUGCAGCAAUGGCUGAUGGGAAGCGUCGGCAGCGGGAUGUGGACGGAGGCUGGGGCUGGGUGAUCGUGGGCUGCUGCUUCAUGGUGACAGUCUGCACCCGGGCGGUGACCAGGUGCAUCUCCAUCUUCUUCGUGGAGUUUCAGGCUGAGUUUGGAGCGGACUAUGCAGCAACGGCGUGGAUUCACAGCUUGGUGGACUGCACCACCAUGCUGUGUGCUCCUCUUGGCAGUCUGGUGGGGAAUCGUUGGUCCUGCCGGGUGUCGGUGAUGUUGGGGGGGCUCCUCUCCUCUGUCGGGCUGCUGCUCAGCUCCUUCUCCAACAGCCUGGAGCUGCUCUACCUCACCAUGGGGGUCCUGACAGGGCUGGGCUUCGCGCUCUGCUACACCCCGUCUAUCGUGAUGGUGGGGAGCUACUUUCUCCAGCGGAGGGCUCUGGCGUAUGGCGUGGCGAUGUCGGGCUCGGGGAUCGGGACCUUCGUGCUGGCGCCGGCCGUGCAGCUGCUGAUCGAGCGCUAUUCCUGGAGGGGGGCGCUGCUGCUGCUCAGCGCCUUCGUGUCCAACAUGUGUGUCUGCGGGGCGCUGCUGCGGCCAAUCACAGCGCAGGAGCAGGAAGAGCAAGAGGAGGAGGGGGAGAAACCGGGACUCGUGUCGCUGCCAGACGCCGAGCUCACCCUGAGGCUCAGAGAGCCGGAGGACGGCAUCAAGGUGCCGGACACCAUCGCCCCCCCCGCCGCAGAGGAGGCGCUGCUUCACUUCCUGCUUCCUGUCCAGCGAGGAGUUCCGCUUCCUGUUGCUGCCGGACUUCCUGUGCCUGGCCGUGUCUUUCCUGUUCCUGGCCAGCGGCUGCAGCCUCCCUUUCGUGUACCUGGUCCCCUAUGCUCUGAGCGCCGGCGUCCCACACCAGCAGGCGGCCUUCCUCAUGUCCAUCCUUGGGGUUCUGGACAUUGUGGGGAACGUCACCUUCGGGUGGCUCACCGACAGGAGGGAUGGUGUUUUUGUCCCAGGUGCCUGAAGGCGUACCGCCUGGCCUGCUACGUGCUAGCCGUAGCGAUGGAGGGUCUCUGCUGCCUCUUCGUACCGCUGCUGCGAUCCUUCCCGCUGCUCGUUCCCUUCGCCGUCCUCUACGGAUACUUCGACGGCGCCUACGUGGCUCUCAUCCCCGUUGUGACAGCGGACUUGGUCGGAGCGCCGUACCUGUCCUCGGCGCUCGGCGUGGUUUACUUCCUGCACGCCAUACCCUUCCUCCUCAGCCCACCGGUCGGAGGUUGGCUCGUUGACGUCACAGGAAGCUACACUCCGACAUUCUUCCUCAGCGGCGCCGCCCUGCUGACCAGCGCGGUUGUGAUAUCUGCCAUCACCGGGAUCCACCGCUGCCGCCGACACCUGAAGGCCUCCAAGCACAAUCCCCGCCCUCUCUGCCUGCCUGACCAAUCGCAGCGUUCCAUCAGUUCGGCCAGGGCCACGUAGCCUUGGGGGAAUCGUAUUACAGCUCUGCUCUUUAAAACCAAACUUUAGAGUUUAACAAAGCAACGGAUGCCUGCGUGACGGACGCCUGGCGCCUGAGUGACGGACGCCUGACUGACGGGCGCCUGCGUGACAGACACCUGACUGACGGACACCUGACUGACGGACGCUUGGUGCCUGACUGAUGGACGCCUGACUGAUGGAAGCCUGGUGCCUGACUGACCGACGCCUGACUGACGGGCGCUUGGUGCCUGACUGACCGACGCCUGACUGACGGGCGCUUGGUGCCUGACUGACGGGCGCUUGGUGCCUGACUGAUGGACGCCUGACUGAUGGACGCCUUGUGCCUGACUGACGGGCGCCUGCGUGACGGACGCCUGGCGCCUGACUGACGCCUGACUGACGGACGCUUGGUGCCUGACUGAUGGACACCUGGUGCCUGACUGACGGACGCCUGGUACCUGAGUGACGGACGCCUGACUGAAGGACGCCUGAUGGACGCCCGCCUGACUGACGCCCGCCUGACUGACGGACGCCUGACUGACGGAUGCCUGGCGCCUGACUGACGCCUGACUGACGCCUGACUGACGGACGCUUGGUGCCUGACUGAUGGACACCUGGUGCCUGACUGACGGACGCCUGGUACCUGAGUGACGGACGCCUGACUGAAGGAUGCCUGAUGGACGCCCGACUGACGGACGGACGCCUAACUGACGGAUACCUGACGGACGGACGCCUGACUGACGGACGCCUGACUGACGGACGCCUGACUGACGGAUGCCUGACUGACGGACGCCUGACUGACGGACGCCUGACUGACGGACGCCUGACUGACGGACGCCUGACUGACGGACGCCUGACUGACGGACGCCUGACUGACGGACGCCUGACUGACGGACGCCUGACUGACGGACGCCUGACUGACGGAUGCCUGACUGACGGAUGCCUGGUGCCUGACUGACAGACGCCUGGUGCCUGACUGAUGGACGCCUGACGGACGCGUGACGGACGCGUGACGGACGCGUGACGGACGCCUGAUGUACUUUGUAACGAGGUGGACGGCUCAAAGACAAACUGGAGGGAGACAGAAAUGAGCUGGAAAACGUCAACAGAGCUUUUGAUGCCAAAGUGAAGGACUGAAGAACUGAAUCAGAGUUAAUAAUUAAACCAAAUGUUUUCAUGUUUUUAAUUUAGGAAAACUGUUGAAAUGUUAGUUUUUAAUUCAGAAGAUGAAAUACGUCUCAGGGUUUAAUGUAUUUAUUAACACAGGUACAACAGCUGCAACCCUUAAGAGCUGCCAGAAAAUAUGAGACAUUCUGAAUGUUUACCUUAAAUGUUCGCUCCGAGUGAAAUGUGAUCUCGUGCCGUUGAUUAAAUGUGUGAUUAGCUUUGAAUGGGUUUUAAUGGGGGCCUUUAUAACUGUCUGUAUUUCUGAUUUAUAACGAGUGUUUGAUGCAAUAAAACAGCAAAGAUGAUGUUAAAUUAAAAGGUCCUGAGUGAUGCACAAA